AUGCCCCCUCUCUCCAUCCCUCCCCGCACCCCGGAUCCCCUACACAAUGACCAGCAACCUGACCCCCGUCCGCCUUCUCCAACAGCACCGCCCUACUCCCCCAUAACCCCCACCAUGUCCAACUCCCUCCCCGCUCCCUCCACCGAGGCGGCCGGCAGCAGCUACACCAAACCCCGCAUUCAACACCCUCCCGCGCCUCCCCCGCCCGCCCCGCUCCCCUCUCACGCCCCCGCCCCGCAGUCCUCAACCACCCAACCCGCGCCACCUCCCCCUCCCACGCCUCAAAUGCCAGCGCUGCCCCCGCCCGUCCCCGUCCGCGAGUGCAGCAACCCCGACGCGAUCGCCCUGCGCGCGGCCAUGUCCGUUCUGCAACUGCAGCGGCAGCAGGCGCUGCGGGACAUGCGGACGCUGGAACGGCAAAAGGAAGCCGCCGUCGCCGACCCGGAAGCUUUCGCCCGGGCCGUGGCCGGUGGGAAGAUCAGGGCGCGGGGGAUGCGGGGGAUCCUCGGCCCUGUGGGGGAGGUGCGGGAGGGCUUCGACGGAGCGGACACUACGCGUGCGGGGGGGGUGGAUGGUGGAGAAGGUGGUGGGGAGGUGCAUGGGUUGGGGGAUGGAGACGACGACGACGGUGCGACGGUGGGGAUGGGUGGGGGGGCGGCGUUCGGGGAGAUCCCGUCCGGGCAGAACGUGGUGCGCAUGCCGCCGGUCAACUGGGCGAAGUACCACAUCGUGGGCGCAUCGCUGGACAAGCUGCACGAGGAGCAGCGGUCCCGACCCGUGGCCGGCCAGCCGCUCCGGGACGGGGACGUGAAGCCCAGGCCGAGGGCGCCGGAGCACGUCGUGGCUUCGCCGUAUGAUCCGUGGAGGGACCGGUUGGACGGGAAGGACAAGGGCAGGACGAGGAGCGGGAGGGGGAAAGGAUGA